CAAAUCAAUAGAGAAUAGGAAUAAAUUAUAUGUCCACGUUUUGUCUAUAAUAUAGUAUUCAUCCAGUUGUAUAAGUGAAUGAUGUAAGUAUGGAUAUAUACGAAACUAAUACAUCUAUACGAUUUGAUUAGAUAAUUAUUUAUGAUAAACCAAAGUGAAUAAUAGAGAGUAAUAGUAGAGGACGAAUUUGAAGUGCAUUUUUUUCAUCUGUUUUAAUUCUCCCAUGAUAGAUACAAAUCAUUUAGAUAGUGACUAAGCUAAAUAAAAAUAUCAAAUAUCAUGUUGUAAAUGCAUUAUGACAAUGCAAAAGUUUCAUAUGAAAUUAAAAUCAAUCUUGUCUUUUUCGAAUGAAGAACAUCUUUAUAUUUUCACAUCAUUGAAUACAUAUAUAUAUAUAUAUCAAGACGAAGUAAAGAAAAAAUAAUAAAUACAUACUAUUAGUAAAUAUGGUCCGAUUAAAUGUUUUCAUUUUAUUUAUUAUCGUUUCUAGUUUUAUUCUUGAUUUAAAUGCUGAUCAAAAACAUAGUAACGAUGAUGUCACCAAGAAGAUUGAAGAUAGCAUCACACAUUUAUUUUCAUUAUGGACAUUACCUUGUUCAGAAUGGUUAAAUGUAUUUAGUUGUGAUGCUGUAUGGUAUCAUCCGAAAUUUCCCGAUGGUAUACAAUACAAUCAAUUAAAAGAUUUCUGUGAGAUUAAUCAAGCAACUAAACCAGCAUUGUUUCGUCAAGAUGGUCAAAUUAGAUUGACAAUCAGUGGUAACUCACCAUUAUCAUUACCUUUAUAUCAUGUGAUGGUUCCUUAUGUAUAUGGACAAAUUGAAAAUGGAAAUAAUAAUUCAUUAUUUAUUAAUAGUGGUUAUGAAUAUGUUGAAUUAGCUGCUGAUCAAAACAAUGCUAUUCGUAUUAAUAGAGUUGUUGAAUUUUUCAAUCGAGCAUCAUUACCAUUUGUUUGGCCAGACAAUAAUUAA